AUGCUCAGGCUGGAGCAGGUGCGCCUCUUCCCAGACUCGUGGCGGCAGGUUGGGAACGUCUCCCACGGGCUCAGGGUCCUUGUGGAGGCGCUUCCGCUGCGAAGCUUGGCGCUGAGCUCGCCGCGCUCCGAGCGCCAAAGAGGGACAUGCGCAUGGCCGCACUUGGUCGCAUCCUCCCACCAUAUCCCACCGAUUGAUUUUGCUUCUCAAGGCGGUUGCCCCUGGAGCCAGGAGACGAGGCAUGCUUUGGAUGUGAUGCAUGAUGUUGCAUGUAUCGUGCUGCUCAAUCAGGGGCGGACGUGUCCAGCGACCAGUGCUCAGGCUCGAGGCGUGAGCGCCUCGAACAUGCUGCAGCUCGUGGCUGAGCUCCCUGGCGUCUUUCGGAGAGGAGAGGCUGCUUCAUCGUCUUUGCCAUCGACGACGCGGCGCCUCUUUGAGGACCCUGGCGAGGAGUGUACCUACCGCCUGCGGAGGCUGGAGGACCUGGCGGCCGAGCUGAAAGAGGGCUGGAAACCUGUCGCUGUCGACGGACUCACUGGACCCAAGCCUGCCAAACAUUGGCACGACUCUGAGUCUGAUUUCCUGCGGACAGUGCCAGACAAGGGCCUGGAGCUGCACCAUGUUUGGACACGCGCCUGGGAGUUUUGCCAACCUGCGGAUGAGGAGCGGGUGCGAGAGAUGGCCCUUCAAGCGAUUUGCCGCCGGUUUGCGGGAGGCGAGGGCUGGCUGCGGGAGCGCCUCGCAGACCUGAAGCCCCAACCAAAAGACAUGGUGAUCUUCUUGCCCGUGCUCCGAGCAGAGCUGGAGAAGCUGAAAGUGGUGCUGGCCGCUGUGACCGCCGGAUCCUCGGGCGCCGAAGCUCUCGCAGCCAAGGCCUUGGCCAAUCAAAGCAAGGCCGAGGCCCGGUGCGCGGCCGCCGCGGCGAGCGUCACGUCACUGGCCCAGCGAGGCCCGCGGCAGCAAGCGGCACAAAAGGCACAACCGGCACCACUCCGCCACGCGGAGCUCCGGGCGCCCAGGGCGGCCAGUGUGCCCAGCUCACACUUGCCGCCGACAUCUCCCAGCUCCCCUCAGCCGCCCAUCCAACCGCCAUCUUCGGCUGUGGAGGGCAUCCAGCGCUGGGUGGAGAGCGUGCGGCAGACGGGAUCGGUGGCCGCGAGUAGCAAUGACAGAGAUUGGCGCCGGCAGCUCGAUGUGCUUCGCGCGGGCCUCACAGGGACGAAGGCGGUCUGCUUGAGCCCUGAGAAAGCGGAGAAAAGCUCCAGACUCCCGAGCCUCCCCAGCCGACGCAACUCCUCGGCUUCGAAUCUGGAGGAGUGUCCGAUUUGCUUGGAGCCACUCCGGCCGCAGAAGCAGAUGCUGGUGCCGCUGAUCCCUCUUCCAUGCGGCCACUCCUUUCACGUCCCAGUGGCUGCAGAAGUGUCCACGAUGCCCAAUGUGCAGGCAUUCGCCAUUCAUGCGCUAGACCAAGCGCGUGGUUUUCGAAUGAGGUCCUUGUCGCUGUUCGCUCCACUCACAAACAGUUUCCUUGCAGCGAAGCUGUGGGGCACCUGGAGGUGCUUGCGGCACCUGUGGUUGGGCCCGCACAAGCUCAUGCAGAAAGGAGUUUCCCAGGAGUGUCUGAUUGACGACGAGGGAUUGCAGUCAGUCGUGGAGACCUGCUACAUGCUGCGGGACUUCACGGUGGCCUCCCACCACAUCACUGAUGCUGGGGUUCGAUUGGUCCUUUUGGCGUGCCGUGAGCUCUGUCGGCUUCGAUGUGGUGGCUGUGGAAUUACAGACACCUCCUUGCAGUUCCUGGCAACGUUAACGCAGCCACGGCUGGAACGUUUCUCGCUGUGGUUCUCAGGUGUCACCUCUCAUGGGCUGCAUCAAGCCGAAGUCGACAUGCCUUGGACAUACUUCGAUGUGGACAUCUGUUGA